AUGAGUGAGAGAUGUUUGAGUAGCGGAUCGUCAACGAGGGAUCAGCAGGCAGAGGACGGCCUGCCUCAAAAUAAGGAUGACGCUUCAGACGCAGGAAAGCAGGAGCGGCAGGGCAGCGACGAGGAGACGCAGGUGGUGGAGGAAAAAAGGGACGAGAUAAUUUUCGUCAAGCUGUGGCUUCCGCAGGGUUUGCCAUUCACGCUGACUUCGUAUCGCAGCAUGACGAUUGAAGAGCUGCGGGCGAAGGUGGCCGCCGAGCUGUUCCUGCCGCUCGACAUGCUCGUGCUCGUGCAGGCCGGCGAGCCGCCCAAACUUCUGCACGACGACGACGACGACGGACUCGUCAGGAACCUGAUGGGCCAAAAGGGAAGCAUACUGGAGCUGUACGUGCACUGCACCGACCCUGACGUCGAUUACGAGGUGCCGGACACCCUGAGGGCCAAGCCGACCGACAUCCUCACCGUUAUCGUGUACACGGGCCACAUGGAAAAAAUGGUUGUCGUCGAAAUUGAGCACGACUGCCGCGAGAAAGAGUUUCUCGGAGGGUACAGGUGCAAAAGGUCGGGCCGAGAGUACUACCACGCCUCGUGCCAAACCUCGCCGGAUAAACCAAAAAUCCUGAAGUACUCGAGGAAAGUGCAGACCCAGAAUCUGGUCUCGCACGGACAGCAGACCCCGAGGGCGGCCUGGACGCAGACCGAGGAAAAGGUUGAGGGACGAGUGAUGGCGCCGAGUGUCCCGGACAACAUGGCCGACGUGGCCGCUAAAGUGGUGGUCAUCCAGAAAUUCUUCCGCGGCUGGAGAGUGCGUCGGGGUCUGGAGAGGCUGAAAGAGGAGGCCCUCGAUAGGCAAGAGCUCAGGAGGUUCUUGGAGCAGGACGCAGCCGCAGGAAGGUACAACCCGACGACCUUCGAGGUGCUCUACCAACUGGUUGAGAGGUGGAGGAAGCGGUGCCUCGAGUAUGCGUUCGCCACUAAGACGCAGGGACCUAGCAGGGCCGAUUUUCAAGACAUUCUCGAAAUGCAGGUCAAUAUGCUGGCCAUAAUAGAAAAGGAGAGGAUCAAAAUGCGAGACAAGCGGCUGAAGGAGCGAGAAAAGCAGCUGCUGGACGAGGUGUGCAGCCCAGUGAAGUGGAAGAGCUACAAGGGUGUCACCGUCUCCAUGGACACCCUGAAGAGCCAGCGCGCCUGCAAACUGAAGCAGCUGCACGACAAGUUGUUCGCCGAAAACCAGUCCGCGACGGUGCUGAAGGAAACCCUGAACGAAACGCUGGAGGCGCUGGAUGCCUUGGACGAGCCCAACAAAUACGAAUUAAUCCAACUGAUGGAGCGGGAGGUGCAGCUCCUCGAGAUGGGCCUCGGCAUUAAAGAGACCAAAAACCUUCACCUGCGACUGGAGAAGGUGUUCGCCAACCUGAUCCGAGACCCGUCCGAGUGCAAGAAGCCCAGGUCGAGGCUUUACUUGUGCAGCCAGUGCAGGAAGAUGCUGCCGCCGAAGGUGUUCGUGGUGCCGUUGACGCGGCCGGAGAUCAAGGUGUGCACCUCGUGCAAUUGGAUCGACAACAUGAGCCACGGCAGGGUGGACCACGGCCCUUUCGCGGUGAUGCUCAAGGAGCUGCAGCAGCACGAGUCCCGCAGGGGCUGCUACAGGUCCAUGGCGUUCGUGCUCGAGGUGCACGACGUCAAGUACUUGGUGGACCAGAUCUGGCACGGACAGUCCGCCAUCAGCCAGGCCGGCGACGUGCACGAGUUGCGACUGGGACGCUGGGACACCGCCAAGGAGUGGAGUCCGUGGAACACGGUGCUGCUCACCAGGAAGGAGCUGCAGGAGCACCUGAAUAUCAGCGAGCUUAAGCUCAUCUACGGCGAGGAAUUUGUCAAAAAUGUCAAUAUAAAACACCUCAUUGCCCAAAUGCACUUCAAGGGGUUGCAGAAUUUUAAGUGAAGAAAAUAAAUAAAAAGCACGUGAGUAAGGUUUUAAAGUUUUUAUUCACCAUUUUCAUACAUUUCCUUUUAAAA